AUGGUUCUCCGAGACGCGGAGCUCUUCGGCCACUUUGGGCUGCCGGAGGAGUCGACGCGCCGCACGCUAGGCCCUCCCGUCCAGACCGUUGACGCGGAGGACCUGACUCGCCGCCUGACUCUGGCGGUCGAGGCGGGUCACGAGUCGCUCGUCCGCCUCCUGCUCGACGCGGGCGCUGACGUCAACCGGCGCAACACCCGCGGCGUGACGCCACUGUACUCUGCGGCGCGGGCGGGCAGGCGCGAGAUUGCAGCGAGCCUGCUCGGCGCGGGCGCGCUCGUUGACGCGAGCUGCGCGGGCGACGGUCGCUCGGCGCUGCACGGCGCGGCUCACGCGGGCGAGACGGAGCUGGUCUCGGCGCUGCUCGCUGCGGGCGCCAACGCGGGCAUGCGCAGCAGCUCGGGCGAGACGCCGCUGCACCUCGCCUGCUCGCGUGGCCGGGUGGGUGCAGUGCGGCUGCUGAUCGCCGCCCGGGCG